AAUGGAGAAGGAACAGAAAAGAAUUUAGAAAAAGCCUUUUAUUGGUGUCAAAAAGCAGUUGAAAAUGGUAAUGAUGAUGCAAUAUUUAAUUUGGCUGGAUAUUAUCACUAUGGAAAAGGAACAGAAAAGAAUUUAAAAAAAGCCUUUUAUUGGAAUCAAAAAGCAGCAGAAGGUGAACACACUAAUGCAAUGUUUAAUUUGAAAAUAUAUUAUAAUGAUGGAAAAGGAACAGAAAGUAAUUUUAAAAAAGCCUUUUAUUGGUGUCAAAAAGCAGUUGAAAAUGGUCACAUUGAUGCAAUGAAUAGUUUGGCUUUAUGUUAUCACAAUGGAAAAGGAAUAGAAAAGAAUUUAGAAAAAGCCUUUUAUUGGUAUAAAAAAGCAGCUGAAAAUGGUAAUAUAUGUUCAAUGAAUCAUUUAGCUGAAUGGUAUGAAAAUGGAGAAGGAAUAGAAAAAAAUUUACAAAAAACCCUUUAUUGGUACCAAAAAGCAAUUGAAACCGCGCAAAAUAAUUCUAAAACUGAAAAUAAUACUUGUAUUCAUUAUGAUUUAGGUAGAAAGACAAAACUAAUUAAGUCAAUGGAAAGAUUUAUAAUUGAAUCAGAAGAAGUGAAUUAUAAUGAAUGUAAUGAAUGCCAUAUGAAAAGAAGACCUUCAAAAAAGAAUCAACAAAUUUGUAUAAUUUGUUAUCAAGCAAAAUUAUUAUAUAAACAAAGUGGAAAUGAAACUAUAGACGAAUUCAUCAAAUAUACACAAAUUAAUUUUAUUCAAGAAUCUAGCAGAAUGAAAUUUAUUUCCUAUGAUCGAUUUAAAAACAUAGAAUUUAUUAAAGAAGGAGGAUUUAGUAAAAUUUAUAAAGCUACAUGGAUUGAUGGUCCACAUAGUUGGAAUGAAGAAAAAGAAGAUUUUG